AUAAGCAUUUACUCAAGCAUGAGUGACAUAAAACAUAAUACUGAUUCAAUCACUGAAUCAAAGUCCAAGAUCGAAUCUUCAUCUUCUCUCAAUUCCAAUACCCAUGAAUUAACAUAUGCCAACCAAUCCAAACCAGGAAUAUGGCGCGAGUUUGCCGACUCGUUCAAACGCGCUGAAGACGUGGUUAUUAUCCGUGAUUUAGAAAAUGGCGACAAGGAGGAAAUACGACAAGCCCCUGUGUUGAAGCAAACACUUAAAAAGAGACAAUUGCAAAUGAUUGCCUUGGGUGGAUGUGUUGGUUCUGGACUUUUGGUUGUAUCCGGUCAAGCCUUGAAGGUUGGGGGUCCUGCCAGUUUAAUGAUUGCCUGGGCAAUUGUGUCUUCCUUCUUGUAUUGUACCAUGCAGUCAUUAGCGGAAUUAUCUUCAGCAUACCCGGUCUCAGGUUCAUUCGCUACCUAUGCUGCUAAAUUUGUCGAUCCAAGUUGGGGGUUUGCCAUGGGGUGGAACUAUGCCUUGUUUUGGGUCGUUGUUCUUCCAUUGGAGUUGGUUGCUGCAUCCAUGACUAUCAAGUUUUGGAAUUCAAGUAUUAACAGUGUUGUUUGGAUUGCUAUAUUUUACGUUUUAAUCAUUGGUUUGAAUCUUUAUGGAAACAAGGGGUUUGGUGAAACUGAAUUUAUUGCAUCCAUUAUCAAAUUAUUGGGUGUUGUUGGUUUCAAUAUUUUAGCUGUUGUCUUGAUUUGUGGUGGUGGUGAUCAAGGUUAUAUCGGAGGUAAGAAUUGGCAUCCACCUUUCCAAACUGGAUUUAAAGGGGUUGUAUCAGUUUUGUUAUCAGCUACAUAUUCCCUUGCAGGAACUGAAUUGGUUGGUUUAACCACCAGUGAAUCCGAAGGAAACCCAAGAAAAGUCUUGCCCAAGGCUAUCAAGCAAGUUUUAUGGAGAAUUAUGAUUUUCUACAUGUUGACUUUGAUGUUGAUUGCCUUCCUUGUCCCAGCCAACUCUCCUCAAUUGCUCGAUGCUCAAGGUUCCAGUGAUGCUUCUGCUUCUCCAUUUGUCAUUGCCAUUAGAGCUGGUGGUAUCAAGGUUUUACCUUCAAUUUUCAAUGUUGUCAUUUUGGUUGCUUUGUUAUCCAUUGGUAACUCUGCAGUUUAUGGGUUUUCCAGAACUAUUUUGGCUCUUGGUGAACAAGGCCUUGCACCAAAGAUUUACACUUAUGUUGACCGUAAGGGAAGACCACUUGCUGGGAUUUGUACUUCUGCUAUUGUUGGUUUAUUAUCGUUUGUUUCUGCUUCUAAAUAUGAGGACCAAGUUUUCGGGUGGUUGGUUUCCUUAUCUGGUCUUUCUACCUUGUUCACAUGGGGAAGUAUCAAUCUUUCAUUUAUCAGAUUUAGACUGGGAAUGAGAGCUCAAGAUAGAUCAUUGCAUGAAUUACCAUACCGUUCAAACACUGGUGUGUGGGGGGCCUAUUAUGGAUUAAUUAUGAAUUUUGUUGUGUUGGCUCUUCAAUUUUGGUUGGCGCUUUUCCCAAUUGGUCAAAAGCCAAGUCCUGUUUUAUUCUUCCAAACAUAUCUUGGUGCUAUUAUCAUUGUUGUUUUCUAUUUUGGUCACAAGCUCUUUGCCAGGAAUUGGAUUUUGAUAAUUCGUGCCAAAGAUAUCGAUGUUGAUGGAGGCAAGAGAGAAACUGACAUUGAUCUUUUACGUCAAGAGAUUGAAGAAGAAAAAGAACAUCUUAAAUCUCAACCACUUUAUUAUAGAAUGUACCAGUUCUGGUGCUAGUUUUUCUUUUAGUUACGAUAUUUAUUAUAGAAAAUUAAUGACAAAAUCUGAAUUAUA